UUUGCGGCAGCCAGCCACUUCCCACAACAUCAGACAUCAUGGCAGCUGCGUCGCAGUGCACCGGCGGCGCUGAGGAGGUUUUAACGGAGGAACAGGGGAGCUCAGCGGCGGGGGAAGACAGCGGGGCGCCGGGUGCUGGAGCCCGGGAUAAACCCGUGUGUCUCAUCGUGCUGGGCAUGGCGGGCUCCGGGAAAACCACCUUCGUUCAGAGGCUGACAGCUCACCUUCACAAUCUCAAAGCUCCUCCCUACGUCAUCAACCUGGACCCGGCCGUCCAUGAAGUCCCGUUUCCUGCUAACAUCGACAUCAGGGACACGGUGAACUACAAGGAGGUGAUGAAGCAGUACGGCCUCGGACCAAACGGAGGCAUCGUGACGUCACUCAACCUGUUCGCUACACGCUUCGAUCAGGUGAUGCAGUUCAUUGAGAAGAAGCAGCAGAAUCACAGGUACGUGCUGAUUGACACCCCGGGUCAGAUCGAGGUCUUCACCUGGUCGGCGUCUGGAACCAUCAUCACAGAGACUCUGGCGUCGUCUUCCCCUGCGUGGUCAUUUACGUGA